AUGCCACACGCUUUAAUCACUUUGAGUGCUGAUAUUACUGAAGAAAUUAAGAAAGAAAUCGCUCAUGAAUCAAUGAAAAUUUUAUCUGAAGUUAUUGGAAAACCAAUUAGUUAUUGUGCUACUCAAGUUGUUACUUCAGUUGGUGGGUUUGGUGGUAAAAUCGUUAAAAGUGCUUUUAUUGACAUUAAAAGUAUUAGUGGAUUAAAAGGAAAACAAGAAGGAUUAUCUGAUAGGUAUUGCAAAUUAUUAGAACAAAAAGCUGGUAUUGAAGGAGGAAACAUUUAUUUAAAUUUCACUGAAAUGACAGGAAAUAACUGGGGAUAUGAUCAUUCUACUUUCUAA